UUCUUCUCUCAUCCCAUCUCGAGAACCCUAAGUCUCUCUCUCUCUCUCUCUCGAUUUAUUCGGAUCUCUUUUCAGUUUUCUUCGAUUCCACCGCUCCAGAUCUCCAAACUCCGGGCCCUCGUUCAUCCUCUCCUCCUUCGCAGCAUUCGAUCCUCGUCGCUAAAAGAUGACGAUGGUAUACGGUGAUCGAUUGACGACGUUCGAGGAUUCAGAGAAGGAGAGCGAGUAUGGAUAUGUUCGCAAGGUAUCAGGACCUGUUGUUGUUGCAGAUGGAAUGGGAGGUGCUGCUAUGUAUGAACUUGUCCGUGUGGGUCAUGACAAGCUUAUCGGGGAAAUUAUUCGGUUGGAGGGCAAUUCCGCCACAAUCCAAGUUUAUGAAGAAACUGCUGGAUUAACGGUGAAUGACCCUGUUCUACGAACACGGAAGCCACUUUCAGUGGAGUUAGGACCUGGAAUUCUCGGCAACAUUUUUGAUGGGAUUCAGAGGCCCCUGAAAACUAUUGCUAGGAUAUCUGGUGAUGUUUACAUCCCUCGUGGUGUUUCAGUCCCUGCUCUUGACAAAGAUUUACCAUGGGAAUUCCAACCCAAAAAACUAGGUGUGGGAGAUCUCGUUACUGGUGGAGAUUUAUAUGCUACUGUGUUCGAGAAUAGCUUGGUGCAACACCAUGUUGCGCUUCCUCCUGGUUCCAUGGGAAAAAUCACUUACAUUGCCCCAGCUGGUGAAUACAGCCUGAAGGACACUGUGUUAGAGUUGGAGUUUCAAGGCGUUAAAAAGCAGUUUACCAUGCUUCAGACUUGGCCUGUGCGCACACCAAGGCCUGUUGCAUCAAAGCUUGCUGCUGAUACCCCUCUCCUGACUGGCCAGCGUGUUCUUGAUGCCCUGUUCCCCUCAGUACUUGGCGGAACUUGUGCUAUACCUGGAGCGUUUGGUUGUGGGAAAACAGUCAUUAGUCAAGCCCUUUCGAAGUACUCUAAUUCUGACACUGUUGUAUAUGUCGGCUGUGGAGAAAGAGGAAAUGAAAUGGCAGAGGUUCUUAUAGAUUUCCCUCAAUUGACCAUGACAUUGCCUGAUGGCCGUGAAGAAUCUGUCAUGAAGCGUACAACACUUGUUGCUAAUACUUCUAACAUGCCCGUCGCUGCUCGGGAGGCAUCCAUAUAUACAGGCAUCACAAUUGCUGAAUACUUUCGAGAUAUGGGUUACAAUGUUAGCAUGAUGGCUGAUUCGACAUCUCGCUGGGCAGAAGCAUUGCGUGAAAUAUCUGGGCGGCUGGCUGAAAUGCCAGCAGACAGUGGCUAUCCAGCCUACCUCGCAGCACGUUUGGCCUCCUUCUAUGAACGAGCUGGUAAAGUAAAAUGUCUAGGUAGCCCAGAUCGUACUGGUAGUGUAACAAUAGUUGGUGCUGUAUCUCCUCCUGGAGGAGAUUUCUCAGACCCUGUUACAUCUGCAACCCUUGGUAUUGUUCAGGUCUUUUGGGGUCUGGAUAAGAAACUUGCUCAGAGGAAACAUUUUCCAUCUGUAAAUUGGCUUAUUUCUUAUUCAAAGUACUCAAAGGCCUUGGAGUCUUUCUACGAUCAAUUUGAUCAAGAUUUCAUUGACAUCCGGACAAAAGCUCGUGAGAUUCUGCAAAGAGAAGAUGAUCUGAAUGAAAUUGUCCAACUUGUUGGUAAAGAUGCUUUGGCAGAAACUGAUAAAAUUGUCCUGGAGACGGCAAAGCUUCUGAGAGAGGAUUAUCUUGCUCAGAAUGCAUUUACUCCAUAUGAUAAGUUCUGUCCAUUCUACAAGUCUGUUUGGAUGAUGCGCAAUAUUAUCCAUUUCAACACUCUGGCAAAUCAGGCAGUGGAAAGAGGAGCAGGUUUAGAUGGCCAUAAGAUAACAUACAGUGUUAUCAAGCAACGACUUGGUGACCUCUUCUACCGUUUAGUGUCCCAGAAAUUCGAGGAUCCUGCAGAAGGGGAGGCAGCUUUGGUCGGGAAAUUCAGUAAACUAUAUGAAGACCUCAACACUGGUUUCCGCAACCUCGAGGAUGAAAUACGGUAAAAAAUAAUAAUAUCAGGACACACAUAUCAGCUCUCUGCUUUCCUGUUUUUUGUAGUAUUCGUGAAUCACAUAGGUUGAGUGCGGCCCUUCAUGCUAUUGUGUCUGUUUGGUCUGCCUUCAUUUGGUCGCCUCUCCUCCUUAAUUUCAUAUUCCAGUUAUUUAGUUAUAAAAAUAAUGUCUUCGAGUUAGUAGCUUUUAUAAUCACAAUUCAUUCUGGUUUUUUUUUUCAUGUAUCUGUACCUGUCUAAAAACGGAGAUCAUACCUGAUACAUAUUACUGACUGGUUGUCCAUGUAAGGCUUGUAAUCUGUAAUUCUGUUAUUGCUAUUGAUUUUGUCAA